AUGGAUGAUGGCACAGUGUUGGAAGUUCGAAUAAACGGUGAAAUUAACGGCGAUACAGCUUGUUUGGCAAAAUUGCAAAAUGCAGCAGAAAGUAUUUCCAGUCCUUCUACACCAGGAAUUGAGACCAGCAGUAGUCUCUCUGAUACAGCAAUCUCGUUAAUGCGGAAGGAAUUUGAACAUGAAAACUGUGCAGCCAAACCAAAAUCAAACGAUCAAAUUCAUGUCGAAAAUUGCGUCAAAUCUAAUGAACAAGUUUUGGAUUCGAAUGAUUCAAAGCGAAAGUUUCGAGUUCUUGGAUUAACUUUUCCUGGAAAAUGGAUGACAAGUGAAAAAUUUUGGGAUUUGCUUGAAAAAAGCGAGUCGUUUCAUAUGUGGUUUGAUAAAACCACGAAGGGUGGUACUAAAUGUGGCGGACUGAGUACUGUUUAUGACACACCGGAAGAAGCGAAGCUAGCAUUCGCUGCGUUUCACAAAAUGACGUUUGAUGGGAAUCCGUUGAAGUUACAGGCGUCUAAACCUUUUUAUGAUCUGACACCAAAUUCUCGAACUAUACAACCACCUAUGCCAUUCAAAAUAAGUCUUUCGGAUCCCGAUGCUUCGAGACGACUCUAUGCUCUUCAUUUGUCUUCAGCUACUGAUCAGACCGUACUAUCAUCUAUAUUCGGCAGCGAAUGUAUUGAAACAGUACAGUUGGAGGUCGAUCCGUUCAUUGCAUCUGAGAAGCAAGCUGAGAUUGUGUUCCAUACUGUGCAAGAAGCGAACGAUGCCCGAAUGGAGUUGGCAGAUGGAUUUGAGAUUGAUGAAGGCGAUCGUCAGCUUACCAUGAGACUGUUGACGGCGGAUGAAUAUAUUUCGUACAUGAAAACAGAAAAUGAUAAAAUCCUCAAUGCUCGGGUUGUACCCGUAAGCGCUUCUUCAGCUCCAUCUUCAUCCUCUUCCCAACCGUCACCAUCAGUAUCGUCGAUAGCAGUUGCAGUUACUUCAGAAACUGCUGUCGUACCAUUUGUUCCUGCUCCUGAAAUCACAGUAGAAGAUGUAACGGGUUUCCUACAACAGUAUGUUGAUGACACACGAACAAAUUGGGCAGAACUUAAUGAAUUAAAUGAACUGUGGAAAUUGUGCGAUGAAGUAAGUCAACUACACAGAGGGAUUCCUGAUUCUUUAUUGAAAAUUGCUCUACUGAAUGUUUUGGAACGACAUCAGCAAACUCUUCCAACACAUUGGAUGAGACAACAUGUUGACAACCUUAUCAGGAUAUGGAAAAAAGAAGUGCAAAAUACAAAAGGUGUUCAGCGUUCCACAUCGUACAUGAUGUCUGCUGCACCAUACAUUCCCUACGAUGUUCCUGAACGAAGAAAUUCUAAAAUAAGUACGACAAGGAAACGCGCUUUAGCAACAAUAAUGGGCGUCGGCGAAGUAUUAGCCAAAGUUCGGACCAUGCUAGCAACGGAAGAAGGGGAAUUGGAUGUUGAUGAAGAUGAACACGGGAAUUAUACUAUUGAUGGACAACCACUAUCGUUUGAAUCAUGGGCUAAUAUUAAUAAACCGGUGAACCCAGCUCCAGUUUAUGAACGGCCCCAGUUAUUUAUCCACCCCAAGAUGCGAAAGUUCAGAAACCAGUGGAAAAAAGAGACGUGGCAGAAGAAAAUGAAAGAAGAAAAAAUUAAAAAAACGCAGGAAGUAGAGCUAGAAAUCCAAAAUGAAAAGGAUGAAGAAUCAGCUCCAGAUGGCGAAGUUAAGGCAGAGACAGAAACUCCUGUAAUCAGGCGGGAGUUGGAAGAAGGAGAAAUGUCAUCAGAAAGUUCAUCAUCAUCGUCAGCUUCGACAUCAUCAGAUGAGGAUAUUGAUGAUGGAGCAACGUCCAGACACCGUCGACGAAAGCGUCGGAGACAUGAAAAGAACAAUCAGUUAAAUCCCGUACAGGCUGCAAUGGAUUCUGUUAAUCCACAGUUCACGACACUGUUUGCACAACUCUAUGAACAUCGACAUACACUGUGUCGAUUGCUCUUAUCUUCACACAAGAAUGCUUUUGCAUCUGUACUGGGACAGGUACUUUCAUCACCGCAAGGCAUGACAUCAGCUCAGCAAAACCAGAUGAAUUUGUUUAUCCAAAAUUUCUCAGCACAGAAUUUACCAAAAUAA